AUGGACUUCUCAGAUAUCUUUCGCAUUGUCAACCUGGCAACCGGAGCCUUGAUGGUCUUUGGAGGAAUCAGUCAAUUCUUCCCCGUCACUGUCCGAGGCACCAUCUGCGGCAUCUAUAUCAUCCUAUUCGGUCUUGCCAAUGCUCUUCUUGAGUUCCAAAUCCCGCCUCAGAUCGCCAGAUAUGCAUCCUUCAUGUUCUCCUUCAUUGGACGCGGUGUUUUCUACAUCUUCAUCGGAGGGCUUUGCUUCUCAGGCCACGUGAUCAAAUACAUCAUUGGCGGCAUUAUCAUACUUGUCGGUAUGGUCUAUGUCGCCCUUGAAUACGUACCUAGCAUCGAGCCUCCGGCCAACAUGAGGGAUGCCGAUGCCGGCUGGGGAGCUGAGCAAGUCUAG